AUGUCGUACGAAAUUAAAAAUAAAAUCGUCGCGAUCACCGGCGCUGCUUCAGGAAUUGGAUAUGAAACAGCCAUAAAAUUUGCCCAAAAAGGAGCGAAAUUGGUGCUCUUACUUGAUUUAAAUGAAAAGCUUGGAAAUGAAGCAGUAAAUACUAUUAAUUCAAAAUUCGGUAGCAAAAGAGCGGUUUUUUACAAAUGUGACGUUAGAACUGAUGUCGAAACAGUUUGGAAGAAAAUAAUUGAUGAAUAUGGAAAUGUUGAUGUGUUAGUGAAUAGCGCUGGUGUAUUUUGUGAAAAGAAUACUAAGAAAACGAUUGAUAUCAAUGUGACAGCGUUAAUCGAUUGGUCGCUGAAGUUUUGGGAGUGCAACCGUAAGGACAAAUCAGGGAAUGGUGGAACAAUCAUUAAUUUGGCAUCGAUUUACGGAUACAGAGUUGAUCAGUACAUCCCCAUUUAUCAAGCUUCGAAGUUUGCAGUUAUGGGCUUCACAAGAUCAUUGGGACACGAGUACAAUUUUAAUAGAAGUGGCGUUAGGGUGGUUGUCGUUUGUCCUGGUUUCACUGAAACUCCAAUAGUACAUAACAUACAAGUAUGGGAUGAUGUAAUAAGAGAAGAGUUCGUAGGUUUUACGGAGACACAAGCUUGGCAGAAGCCAGAUGAUGUGGCCAACGCGAUUGUUGAAGUAUUUGAGAAUGCUAAAAGUGGAACAGCAUGGAACAUUGAAGGCGGUAAUCCUGUUAAGCAAGUUUAG